AUGCCUGGCGGGCAUCGAGCAUCAGAUAGGCUGAAGAGGCACGUCAAGGACAAUGCACUCACCACAUCCACAUUGCCGUUGACCACCACCAACACUUCUUCCGGCUUGGAAGCAAGCGCUCAAGUUCUCCCAGCACCAACCAACCAGAAGCGGCCGCGUGAGCUGAGCAUUGCUCAUGGUGAUGCUGCGCCGACUACGCACCUCAAGCCAAAGUCCAAGUCACGGAAGCGUCAAGGUACGAGGACAGCGGCACAGCUUGCAGCGAGCACUGCUGUUGCUGUUGCUCCUGAGCACCUCCUCCCUCCUUCCGCUGCUCCCGCCGCUGCCACCACUGAGAGCCUGCCUCCACCUGCAGCAGCUCUAGCACGGCGUGUGCUUCCCGGUCGCAAGCGACAGGAGCACCCGGGUCAUCCUGACCUUCCUCAAGCCAGAAGAACCUCCAAGGAGGUGAGGGCGCACGAGGAGGAGGAGAGGUGCCGCCUUGAGCGUCUGGAGCAGCUCAGAGAGCGGCAGGCACUGGAGAUAGCCGAAGAAGCUAAACGUGAUGAGCUCCAGGAGCUCGAAGACGGCGCGGCUGUGGUGCUUACCUGGGAGGACCAGCUUGAGGCUGCGAUGAAUGCCCCAACACCGGAGCCUGACUCCGACAACCCAGCCAUGGCCCAGACCUUGGGGCGAGAGGCUGUGUACAUGGACAGUGACGACGAGGAGCCUGUAUACUACAGAAGGACCAUGCCUGGGCUGAUUCCACCCAAGGAAGAUACGAAGGGGAAGGGGAGUGCUGUGUCGGUGUCGCAAAACUCUCACCCACGCGCUGGCAGGAACACCAGCAAGACCACCGGAAAGAAGGUGUCGAAGGCAACUACGUUCGCAGCUGGCCUCAAGCCGGGAUGGCGCACCGGUACUCAGGCAGCUGCCUCGAGCACUUCUUGUGAGGAUACGCCAGCUGUCGGUGGCCUCAACAACGAUGACGCUGGCGGCGCUCGGCCCAGAUCUCGCAUGGUCCCGGCGGCGACAAAGCACGGCUGGCUGCCGUGUAAUGAGGUCAUCCAGAUUGACUCGGACUCAAACGGCGGCGAGGACACCGGAUCGGGCGACACGUCGCAGGAGCUCAACGAGCCGACGCUCUCGAUGGCUCUCAAAAAGCAGACGCUGGGCCCUGCAAAACCCACUGCUAGCAAGACCAAAGCCCAGAAACCUCGUUCCACCCGUGCAAAGGCCAUGGGUGCUCAAGCUGUCAAAACCGAGCCUGUUGCCGACGCUCUUCCAGCCAUCAAGUCUGAGCCCAACACCACCACACUCAUGCCCGCGUUCACUAUCAAUGACUACUGGACUACAUCGCUCCUUCCCACCAUUCACGCUUGCUUCGCAUCUUCCAGCGACAUCUGGAAUGUCUUCAAGAAAUCCCCGGAGACAGUCAUCACCCUUCAGAAGAUCAUCGAUACCAUUACACCAGGCUCUCCCUACAGGGUCUGCAUUGGCGACGAGAUCUUCAACAAGACCGUUGACCGCAUGUACGAGAAGCGCUCUGAAAUCGGGCGUCUCGCCCUCGAAUAUGUCGACACCUUCUACACUGCCCCAUCAUUUGUUAACAACCCGGCAGCCAUCAGAGAGCACGUCGCGUGGGCGUUGCACCAGGAUGGGCCUGCUUUCUGGGAGGAACCGACCCCGAUGGAUCAGACGCAGACAAUGACGCGUGAGCAUCCGUGGUAUGAUAAACCAUUGGGGUUCCUCCAGUCCCCGUUAAUUAACAUCAUCAUGAGCUUAAUAAUGCGCAGGAUGGUUGGCUCCCGCAUUCGAUACCCUCCUCCGAAGGGCGCGGUGGUUCUUACGAUGAUUGCGGUUGAGCGUGCAUUCGACAGCUAUCGAUCGGGUACCAAAGGCAAUGUGAAGACAUUCUCGCAGAAUAAGUAUCAGCAGGUGACGCACGAUUAUACUAGGGUCGUGAACAACAUCAAGCCCCACCGGUGGGAGCCUCUCCUGCAGAGGUGGGGCUCGACAAUCGAGGAGCAGCCAGUGGCUCCUAACACGGCAGCCGCGGUUGGUUCUCUCGAGAAUUCACGUCGAUUCUUGAUGCCCUCAAGCAGCCCGGCGCCGGAGGAUUAG